CUAAGCAGUGUCAUCAGCAACCAGUAUUUUUAAAAAAAAAAAUUUCUCAAAUCUGCUCAUUCAUACUGUCAUACAGUCACAGAACUCCCUCUUCGGUUCUUGUCUACAUUAAGCCUGGUUUCCCCUGCUUUCCAUCUUUCAGCCCACUUCAAUCCUCUCUCUCCGUCACGUCGCUAUCAGUUUCUGGGAAGAUAAUAGAACGGCUGUGAGAUUGUCAGAGAAGCAAUAUGGGAGAAGAGUACGGUAGGGUAGUGGCAGUGAGAGAGUUCGACCCCAAUAAAGACAGAGAUAGAGUGGAAGCAGUAGAAAGAAUAUGUGAAGUUGGACCCAGUGGAAAGCUUUCCCUCUUCACCGACCUCCUCGGCGACCCAAUUUGCAGGGUCCGCCACUCACCUGCGUUCCGCAUGCUGGUGGCUGAGAUAGGCCAAGAGAUCGUCGGAAUGAUAAGGGGUUGCAUCAAAACCGUCACAUGCGGGAAGAAGCUCUCCAGAAAUGGAAACAACAGUCAUUUCAUUGAACCCGUACCUGUAUACACCAAACUCGCCUACAUCUUAGGCCUUCGCGUCUCGCCUUCUUACCGGAGAAUGGGAAUAGGGUUGAAGCUGGUGAAUACAAUGGAGGAAUGGUUCAGAGACAAUGGAGCUGAAUACUCGUACAUAGCAACAGAAAAGGACAAUUUGGCGUCCUUGAUGCUCUUCACCAACAAAUGCGGAUACUCCAAGUUCCGUACACCGUCCAUCCUCGUCAACCCCGUUUUCGCUCAUCGGAUCAGUCUCUCUCAGAAAAUCACUAUCAUCCAGCUCGACCCCUCCGAUGCCGAGCGCCUCUAUCGUCGCUGCUUCGCCACCACUGAGUUCUUCCCGCGCGACAUUCGCUCCAUCCUCAACAACAAACUCACCCUCGGCACCUUCAUCGCCGUCCCAAGCGGGUCUUUUAGUCCAGACACUUGGCCCGGGUCGGACUUAUUCCUCUCGGACCCACCCGAAUCAUGGGCGGUUAUCAGCGUCUGGAACUGUAAGGAAGUGUUCACGCUGGAGGUCCGGGGCGCGUCGCUCGUGAAGCGCACUCUUGCCAAAAUGACGCGGAUUGUGGACCGGGCAUUGCCGUUUCUGCAGCUGCCAUCGAUUCCGAAUUUUUUCAGGCCGUUCGGGUUUCACUUAAUGUACGGAUUAGGAGGGGAAGGACCUGAGGCGGCGAAGAUGGUGAAGGCUUUGUGCGGGCACGCGCACAACCUCGCGAAACAGCGUGGGUGUGGAGCGGUGGUGACGGAGGUUUCGUGCUGCGAACCAUUGAAGUUAGGGAUUCCGCACUGGAAGAUGCUAUCAUGCGCCGAGGAUUUAUGGUGUAUCAAGAGGCUCGGGGAAGACUAUAGUGACGGCUCUGUCGGCGACUGGACAAAAUCUUAUCCUGGAUUGUCCAUUUUUGUUGAUCCCAGAGAAUUCUAAUUCUAGUUCUCCAAUCCAAAAAACGAGGGAAACAAGAGCUACGAAGUGUAAUGAAAGCGCAUGUCGUUUUGCUUCUUUUAGGUUGGCUGUUCAGUCUCCUGCUUUUCCGCGAGAUUUUCUCGGGGGAACGACUUUGAGUUUGACGGUGGAAAAGAAAAGCAGAGAAUGAAGACGGAGGCGUGGAUUUUUGUCAUUGUAAAGUUAAAAAGAAUAUCCUCAAGCCUCUGUAAUUUGAAAUUAGCUUUUGUGUAAAUGGAGGUGGCUUUCUUUUUGGAUCCCCUCGAAGCCAAACGCAACCUUUAGCCUCCGGUGUCCUGUAUUUGCCUGUAUCAUCUUUUGGGACUUCCCUCGUUAUU